UCUUCCCCGACGUAUCUUCCUUCUGAUCUCCGCUUCUUUGUAUUCUUUUGUUGCUUUUACUCAUUUGAUCGGUUUCGGAUUUUUUCCUGUGGAAUCGAAGGGACGGAUUGCGAUUAUGACCGAUUCCGUCGUUCUUGAUUGGAGAGGAUGACGCGUAAUGCUUGUCGUGAUCCAGCUUCAUGCUUUCGAAAGCAGUCUAAGAUCACUGUAAUGACGAAUUUUGAUGAGAGUCGUGUUAGAAAAAGUGGGGAUGUGACAACGUCUUAUUCCUCAGGUGCUGCUAGUUCUAAUCCUGUUGAGGGGAGUUCCCCUGACUUGUUGAAGAACACUCCAUCCAACAUCGCCACAUUGGAGGAUGCUAUUGAGCAGUUCAAGAGUCGGCAGAAGUAUCUCGCGCAUACAAAGAGCCCUUCUGAUGGGGAAGAUGUUCGUUGGUAUCUAUGCAAAGUGCCUCUGGCAGAAAAGCAGCUUUCAGCUUCACUUCCUCGAAUUGAGAUAAUUGGCAAAGAUGAUUAUUUUCGGUUCAGCGUGAGAGACUCUCUUGCUCUUGAGGCCUCUUUCUUGCAA